CGGCUGCUCCUCCUGCUGCGCUCCUCGCCUCCCGCGCUCCUCUCCCCGGCUCGGCCGAGCGCGCUCCCCCGACGCCGCAGCCCCGAGCCGGGCAGCGCCGGGCGCCGUGAUGAAGGUGCUGGGACACAGGAUCGAACUGCUGACAGGGCUCCUGCUCCACGACGUGACCAUGGCCGGGCUGCAGCAGCUGCGAUUCCCGGAGGAGAAGCCGCUGCUCCGGGGCCAGGAGGCCGCCGAGCUGGAGAACUCGGACACCUUCCUCUUGGCUGUGGACGCAGACUGGAAGGAACACGACAUCGAGACGCCUUAUGGCCUUCUGCACGUGGUGAUCCGGGGCUCCCCCAAGGGGAACCGCCCGGCCAUCCUUACCUACCAUGACGUGGGCCUCAACCACAAGCUGUGCUUCAACACCUUCUUCAACUUCGAGGACAUGCAGGAGAUCACCAAGCACUUUGUGGUGUGCCACGUGGAUGCGCCCGGUCAGCAGGUGGGGGCGUCACAGUUUCCUCAGGGGUACCAGUUCCCCUCCAUGGAGCAGCUGGCCGCCAUGCUCCCCAGCGUGGUGCAGCACUUUGGGUUCAAGUACGUGAUUGGCAUCGGAGUGGGAGCCGGAGCCUAUGUGCUGGCCAAGUUUGCCCUCAUCUUCCCCGACCUGGUGGAGGGGCUGGUGCUGAUGAACAUCGACCCCAACGGCAAAGGCUGGAUUGACUGGGCCGCCACCAAGCUCUCCGGCCUGACCAGCACUUUACCCGACACGGUGCUAUCUCACCUCUUCAGCCAGGAGGAGCUGGUGAACAGCACAGAGUUGGUGCAGAGCUACCGGCAGCAGAUCGGGAACGUGGUGAACCAGGCCAACCUGCAGCUCUUCUGGAACAUAUACAACAGCCGCAGAGACUUGGACAUUAACCGGCCUGGAACGGUGCCCAACGCCAAGACGCUCCGCUGCCCCGUGAUGCUGGUGGUCGGGGAUAAUGCGCCUGCUGAGGAUGGGGUGGUCGAGUGCAACUCCAAACUGGAUCCAACCACCACGACCUUCCUGAAGAUGGCAGAUUCCGGGGGGCUCCCCCAGGUCACACAGCCUGGGAAGUUGACUGAAGCCUUCAAAUACUUCCUGCAAGGCAUGGGCUACAUUGCCUACUUGAAGGACCGAAGGCUGAGUGGAGGAGCAGUGCCCUCAGCCAGCAUGACCCGCCUCGCCCGCUCUCGCACCGCGUCCCUCACCAGCGCCAGCUCGGUGGACGGCAGCCGCGCGCAGGCCUGCACCCACUCGGAGAGCAGUGAGGGGCUGGGCCAGGUCAACCACACCAUGGAGGUGUCCUGUUGAAGCCCUCGGUCCCGUGAAGACGCCCACCUGCCCCCAUCCUCCUCGACGUCCCACUGCCAUCCUCGCGCCAGCUCCUUUUCCCUUUAGUUUAUUUUUGUGAGGGCAAAGGGGAGCAAAUGGGGUUACUUCUCUUUUGUUUAAAAAGAUGAAGGGAGCCAUCUUAGAUGCUGCAGCAGAAUGGUCUCCAGAUGGUUUGAGGGGCUCACUCCUCCCCCACUCACCUUGUUAACUUGCUUGGCUGACUUAGACCCCUCUCUUCCAACUCUCCAUGGCCCGGGCACAGUCAGGGCAGGGGUCCUGGGAGAAAGGAGAUUAGCUAAGGAAAGAGAUGAGUCUUUCUCUGGCCACGCUCCAGGAUAGUAUCCUGGAUUAAAGAGUGAGCAUGGACGACCCCCCCGGGCAGGCAGGUUUGAAGAUGGGACGGGGUUUUGGGUGGUGGGAUAGCAGGAGCACGAGGUCCAGCUCGGGCACUGGCAUGAGAGCCAGGUGUCUCCUGGCUGUCUGCAGUGGGGAGCCCUGGGAGGCAGGGAGCCCUGGAGCUCUGCAGGCCCCUUUCCCCUCACCCCUCCAUCAAACACCUCUGUUUCUGUCUUGUAGCACACAUGACAAUCAUCUGAACAGUGGCCACAAGGGGGUGCUCUGCAGGGCUAGUGCUGUAGGGCCAGGCAGGCAGAAGCUGAAGAGAGUUUUCCUGCCCAAGGA